AUGGGCGUCCCGGCCUUCUAUCGCUGGGUGCAGGAGAAGUACCCCAAGUGCGUCGUGGACUGUGUCGAGACGCAAGCAGUCGUGCUCGAAAGCGAGCGUCAUUUCGAGCUCACGGACACGACUGGCCCGAAUCCCAAUGGCUUUGAAGUGGACAAUUUGUACGUCGACAUGAAUGGCCUCAUCCAUCCGUGUGCCCAUCCCGAGAACGGAGAAGCGCCCAAGACUGAAGAAGAGAUGUACCGUCGUGUCAUGGCGUAUGUGGAUCGUCUAGUAGCUGCUGUGCGGCCACGUCGUGUGCUGUACUUGGCCAUUGACGGCGUCGCCCCUCGGGCCAAGAUGAAUCAACAACGUGCGCGUCGCUUCCGUGCAGCGCAGGAGGCCGAACAGCGCAUGGAAGUGGAGAAAGAAGCGCUCGACUACAUGCGGGCAAUGGGUCACACGGUGCCUGGGAAGCAGGAGAAGCCGUGGGACUCGAACGUGAUUACGCCUGGCACGAAGUUCAUGGCCAAACUGGCCAAGUACUUGCGGUUCUAUAUCCGAGACCGAGUGAACAACAACACUGCGUGGAAGAGUAUCAAGAUCAUUUUAUCUGAUGCUGGAGUGCCUGGCGAAGGCGAGCAUAAAUUGAUGCAGUACGUCCGCGUACAACGCUCUCAGCCUGGAUAUGAUCCGAACCAGCACCACGUACUGCAUGGUCUGGAUGCUGAUCUCAUUAUGCUGGGUCUUGCAACUCAUGAAGUCAAGUUCUCGAUCUUGCGGGAAGAAGUGUUGUUUGGAAAGCAAAAGUACGAGCGGGAACGACAGAAGGAGCAGCAGAUGGUGCUUGAUGCGAAUGGAACGACGUUAAGUAAGCGGAAACGUGGUGAGUUUGGAGAGCACAACGCGGACUUAAUUGCGUCGGACCUGAAGCCACUGCAGUACCUGCAUAUUGCGACACUGCGUGAGUACCUUCAAAUCGAGUUUGAACCUUUGUCGCGUGUGCUGCCGUUUGAGUAUGAUUUCGAACGCGUGAUCGACGACUUUGUGUUCCUGUGCUUUUUCGUUGGCAACGAUUUUUUGCCGCAUUUGCCGUCGCUGGAUAUUCGUGAUGGUGCACUAGAUUUUUUGAUUUUGAUCUAUGCAAAGCUGUUGCCAGCUAUGGGAGGAUAUCUCACAGACGGUGGCCAGGUGAACCUCUCGCGUGUCGACGUGAUCCUUGCUGAGGUUGGUCAAGUGGAAGACGUGGUCUUCCAACGUCGUGCCCUCAAAGAAGCGGAAAACGCAAGGAGACGGAAGUCGUACUUGUCAAAUGAAAAGAAAGAUCAGAUUGCUGCUUCGGCUGCAAAGGACUCGGCUGUGGAGAUCCUGAAGAAGCGUCGUAUCGGUAAAGACGUGAUUGCCCAGGAGAAAAAGUAUGGCGGCAUGACGCCAGAAGAAGCCGUCAAAGCACGCGUGAAAGAAAGUGUGGAGAAGAAGCUGGAACAGUAUCGCGAGGAAGUCCAGGAUGUAGUUCGACUGGGUGAACCCGGUUGGAAAACACGAUAUUACAGCGACAAGCUGAAGGCAGACGAUAUUGAGGUAGGAGGUGGACGCGAGCGCGUGUUUCAUGCCUAUAUCGAAGGCUUGUGCUGGGUGAUGCGCUAUUACUACACAGGCUGCGCUUCGUGGCAGUGGUUCUACCCGUUCCAUUACGCUCCGUUUGCAUCCGAUUUGCGCAACAUUGAUCGUUUUGAGAUCAAGUUCGAGGAAGGUCUUCCAUUCCAUCCCUUUGAGCAGUUGAUGGGUGUGUUCCCCGCAGGAAGUAAUCACGCUAUUCCAAAACCGUAUCGGUGGUUGAUGUCGGAUCCGGAGUCGCCUAUCAUCGACUUUUAUCCAAAGGAUAUUCCUGUCGACCCAAAUGGCAAAGCCAUGCCAUGGUUAUGGGUGGUUCUGCUGCCAUUUAUCGACGAGAGCCGCUUGCUUGAGGCCAUGAAGGAGCCGAACCAGAAGUUGACCGAAGCCGAAAAGAAGCGAAAUGCUCAAUUCGGUAAAGAAGUAGUCUUUUUUCACUCCAAGUGUCCCAUGACCAAAACUCUGCCAGCUUCAGAGGGAGUAGAAGCACAAGCAGACCCCGGCUGUUCCCAGUCGUUUAGCGGUACGCUCGUCUACAUUGAAGCGCUCUACUUUGAUAUCGGCGGAGUUGUGCCAAGCCCCGAGAAGGCCCAGAAACAUUUGGUGGAUAUCCCAAACAAUAGGUGUUACAGCUUUCAGUACCGUCUGCCGCACAUGUUGUCGCAUCUGUCGAAGAUCUUGGAUGGUGCUCAGUCGCCCAGCCCUGUCCUGAUCACGGAAAACGACAAGCGCAUCACCAUCCCUUUCUUCGGCAAGGCCAACAUUAACAUUGUCGACUUGGCCGGCGAUGCUUCCAAUCACACGAAUGUGCGUCAGAACUUCACGUCGCGCCAGAAUGGCGGUGGUCGUGGUGGAGGUCGCCGCGGAGGCGGUGGUGGAGGUCGUGGCUACGGUAAUCAGGGAUAUCAACACCAAGGAGGCCAGCGCUCUGGGAGCAACAACUUGAACGUAGACCGCUACGGCGGUCCUCCGCAGCAGCAGUACAGCCAAUACUUGGCCAACAGUCAGGGUAAUUGGGGCUCACAAGAGCCACGGAAUAAGCGUGGGCAGUACGGGGACUCCAACCAGCAAAAUAGAGGCCAGGCAUCAUACAGUCGACCAAGCUCUGAGUACCGCAGUGGAUACAAUGGCGCCAGCAGUGGCGGCCGUGGGUACGAAGGUGGAUUUGGUGGCCGAGGAGGACGCGGCGCUCCCGUCCAGUCGGCGUUCGGGGGUUAUUUGCAAUCUGCGCAAGCGUACCCAUCGACGCCGAGUGGACCGGCGUCGUCCGCAGCUUCAGCCCCUCAGAGCCUCGACGCUUUAAAAGCUGGACUUCGCAGCAUGCACGAGAAGCGUCAAGGCCAUCCAAAGGGUGCGUCGAAAAACGAUGCUAGGCGCUAUGACCGCUCGUGA